AUGGUACAGCACGCUCCCAAGACUACGGUUCACCAGCUCGCACAAGAGUAUGCACCCAUCAUCAAGGGCAAGACUAUCCUUACGACAGGUGCAAGCCCAGGAGGUCUCGGUGCACUCUUUGUCGAGGCUAUUGCAAUCGCAGAACCUGGACUGGCUAUUCUAGCUGGCCGUAGUGUUAGUAAACUCCAGCAAACUGCAGACAACCUUGCUGCCAAGUACCCCAACCUCAAGACGAAACUUCUGACUAUUGAUCUUGGUUCUCUUCAUUCAGUUCGUGCGGCUGCAGAAGAGGUCAAUGGAUGGUCAGAUGUUUCCAAGAUCGAUGUCUUGGUCAACAAUGCAGGGAUUAUGGCGACAGACUUCAAGCUGACGGAAGACGGCUUCGAAAAUCAAUUCGCUUCGAAUCAUCUGGGUCACUUCUUGUUUACAAAUCUGAUCAUAGAUAAGAUCCUUGCUUCAGAGACGCCUCGAGUGGUCAGUGUUUCCAGCAAUGGCCACCGGCUGGGGCCUAUCCGAUGGGGUGACCCCAAUUUCAGCAAUGGUGAAAGAUACAACAAGUGGAGUGCAUACGGGCAGUCAAAGACAGCAAACAUGUUGUUUGCCAUCUCUCUUGCUGAGAAGCUCGGCAGUCGCGGACUCCAAGCGUUCUCCCUCCAUCCUGGCGCAAUCCUUGAUACUUCUUUGGCUAAACAUCUAGAUACUUUGGAUAGUCUGGUCGAAGCGGAUCGUGCAAUGGGGGACCCCUGGGGUUGGGUGGAUUGGUCUACUGUCCCAGUUUCCUCCGAGGUCGGUGCUGCAACACACGCGUUUGCUGCUUUUGAUCCCGAUCUCAAGGAACAUAACGGUGCAUAUCUGCUUGAAUGCCGUCUAGCAGACCCUAUGACUGAUACAGUCAGACCGUGGGCGACAAGCUCAACAGAAGCAGAGUUACUUUGGAGGAAAAGUGAAGAGAUGGUUGGCCAAAAGUUCUCUUUUUAGAUUAGCCACGAUCAACGAAGAUAUGGAGAAGCUAGACUGUGAAAGACAGCAGAGCUUUUACAGUAGUUACUUGUCUAUUCAGUUGUUCUCUUAGUAAACAUCUCUUAUCCCCGGAGGUGAGUGCUGAAACAGAGGCUGAGCUGCUGUAGAGGCCAAGUGAGAAGAUGGUUUAUUAGACCAGCGGCGAGACUUAAGUCUGUUUGGAUGUUUAAAAUAACUAUGAUAUCUUCGAACUAGUACGCUAAAUAUUGACAAGUCAACCUUCCAGUA